AUGAAUUGUCAGAAAAUAUUCCUCAAAAAUGGUGCUUUCAAAUAUAUAACAGAUUAUUUUAAACUUCAUAAUCAUCAUCAUCUCAUCAAUUUAUAUUUAAAAUUCUUCGACUACUUUAGAAAGAUAUUCGAAAUGAGAUCUGCUAAUCUUGCUUCAUUGUCCUUAUUUUUUGGCUUUUUGAUUCUGGAAAGUGCUGCAGACUAUGUAUGCUCGGGUGGAACUCGAAUACCAGAUAAUGAUGUCGAGGCAAGAGCAAAUCAGAUUUACUCCCGAGGAGUAUCCCUCAACGCUAGUCGGACUCCUGGUCAAGAUCGAGUAGAAGAUAUCGAGUUUGAUGGUGAUGCAGAUAGUGGAGAUUUGGCUUUUACAGGCGACUUUUAUCCUCAAAUAACAUCUUCUGGAACAUAUAAAAUUACGGUCGAUUAUCCAUCAAAAAAGAUAUUACUUUUAGAGACUACCGUAUUUGUGGGUGGAAACAUUGUAGUAAAUUGUAAAAAACAUUAA